AUGACACUCCUCUCGGAUAUUAUCUCUGCAUCGGCACAUUUACACAGCUCUAAUCAGCUACCCAGCGACGAGUAUGACCGCCGGAUCCGCGAGCUAGUUGAAUACUUCAGGCGGCUACAAUCCACCAAAGCUCUCGACUCACUUGCCAGUGAUAAGUCUGUUCUCGAUCCACUGCUAGGCGCUACGCUGGUUAAAGACGCCAUGCUUCGUCUCGAUCCGUCAUGUGCCGUUUUCACUUCGAAUCACCUCUUGCUUGUCCGGCUUUGUCUCCAGGCCAAAGCAUAUUCGUGUGCAUUGCCUGUCUUGAAUAGGCAGAUUUGCCACUUCCCAAUUUCGCUGGGGCGUUCCUCCUCAGAGCCCUCCGUGCCCUGUGCGGAUCACGGGUCAAGUGUAUCCUUUAUGACUGAAGCUUCAGAGGUCUCAUCUAAGCUAUCAUAUCGAGAAUACUUGCAGUACUUUCUUUAUGGUGGUAUGGUAUACAUGGCGUUGAAAGAGUGGCGCAAUGCACUUCAUUUCCUUGGGAUUGUCGUCUCUACCCCGAGUACUAGCUAUGUGAGCAUGAUUAUGGUGGAGGCCUACAAAAAAUGGGUACUGGUAGGCCUACUCGAAAAUGGCAAGCUCUGUUCACCUCCAAGCAUCACAGCACCUCAUGUGGUGAAAGUGUAUCAAUCACUUGCGAGGCCCUAUAUUAUCCUUGCUCAUGCAUUUGAACGUGGAGAUCUGAAAAGACUUAAUGCUGAAAUCGAUGCUGCCACGGGAGUCUGGUGUGCGGACAAUAAUGUCGGUCUCGUUUCCCAGGUACGGGGUGCUUUCUUCAGUCAAACCGUUAUCAAGCUUGGGAAGACUUUCGCAGCUUUAACAGUGGCCGAUCUUUCCAAGCAGGUGGUUGCCUCCCCUGUGUGUGCAGAAGGCAUUGGAUCCGCUGUUUCGUCCCUCAUCGUGUCUCGUGCUUUGAACGCGACAUUGGUGCAGACCAAAGAUCAUGCUGAGUCUUCUAUGCUACGGUUCUCAUCAAUUCAUUCAUUGCCUCGCUUCUCUCAUGAGUUGGACUUACAGUCCCAACUCAGGCAGGAGAUGAGCCUGAUGGAGAGCCUGGUGGUUAAUCUUGGGGAGACCAAUAAUAACCUGGGAUUAAGUGAUGAAUACGUUGAUAGCCUGCAUAAGGGUCAGGUUUGGUCAGGUUCUAGUGAAGUUAAUCCCAUUGUAGGGGGAGAGGCUGGACUUGAGAUGGAUGAAGAUCUGAUGGGUGACAUGUCUUAG